AUGGAUCCAACAACAAUUCCAAGAAACUCUGCGGGAAGCACUCCAUCUUCGAGUCCAGGUCUAUUUAGUCCUUCCAAUCUACAUCGUCAAUCGAUACCAUUUUUCGACCAUGGAACUCCCCAUUCGAGCCCUUAUCUUCAUCCUUUGCAGAUGCACAGAGUAAGAGAAACUCACAAAGCACAAGUCGAACAAGAUUUCAUCACCGGAAGGAAACUCAUAAAUCAAUAUGAGAUUAUCGAUGAAAUUGGCAGAGGCGUACAUGGAAAAGUAAAAUUGGCCCGGAGCCUUGAAACUCAAGAUUAUGUCGCCAUCAAGAUCAUUCAAAGGUUUUCAAAGAAAAGAAGGCUUGGGAGAGUUACCGUUUCUCCCGAGGACAAAACCAAGAGAGAGAUUGCCAUUCUCAAGAAAAUUCGUCACCCCAAUGUUGUCGGUCUACUGGAAGUUAUUGAUGAUCCGGAAUUGAAAAAGAUAUACAUGGUUCUUGAGCACGUCGAAUUAGGGGAAAUAGUAUGGCGUCGGAAGGGAGUUCGAAAGAUAUCUCUAUAUGAGAGGCGGAGAAUUGAAAGAGAAAUUAGGGGAGAGGAUGAUCAAGGAAAUGACGAGGCAUACUUCGAGACACUCAAACGUCGGCGACAACGGAAAGAGAUGAAGAGAGCAAAGCUUCUACAGUUUCAAGGAAAUGGAGAGUUUUGGAGCUUGGAACACGGAGAUGAUGAUAAAGAAGAAGAUGAUCGUUCCGAGUUACCGCCUCUGUCGCGAGUUACGACGAGGGAAUCCUACGUAUCCUUAUCGCACACUUCCCUUGUCCGAUCAGCCCCUGGAUCUAUCAAAAGUUCUCGAGCCACAUCUAGAGCACCGACUGCACAAAGUUCCCGUGCCCCCACACCCUUACCAGGACCGGUAGACUAUGACAUAGGACCAAUAGAUAGUGACAAUGAAGAGGAUGCACCUAGCUCGUACGUUUCACGUACUUCGGCUAUGGCUUUGGAAGGUACAAUGUACGGGUCUUACGCUGAAGAUCCACUGUAUCGGGGAAGAUCUCCUAGUAUGGCCGACAGUAUUAUUUCUCACAUGUCUUCAAUAGAUGACAUGGCACAACAUGAUGCUUUCGAGGACGAUUUCUCCUAUGUUCCAUGCUUUACAUUGGAUCAAGCUAGAUCGGCGUUCCGAGACACCGUUCUGGGAUUGGAGUAUCUGCAUUACGAAGGUAUCGUUCACCGAGAUAUCAAGCCUGCUAAUUUGUUAUGGACAAGGGAUCAUCGUGUCAAAAUCUCCGAUUUUGGUGUUUCAUAUUUCGGUCGACCCAUUAGAGAAGGAGAAACAGAAGAGAAUAUUUCCGAAGCUGACGCGACCGACUUCGAUGACGAUCUAGAGUUGGCCAAGACUGUUGGAACGCCUGCUUUCUUCGCUCCCGAAUUGUGCUAUACCGACAUAGAUAUCGAACAACCAAGGAUCACUGAACAAAUUGAUGUAUGGUCUUUGGGAAUCACUCUCUAUUGCCUGAUAUAUGCUCGCAUUCCAUUCAUGGCAGAGGAUGAAUACCAAUUAUUCAAGGCCAUCGCAAAAGAAGAUGUCUACAUUCCUAGAAAACGAUUAAAGGCUGUCGACCCAGGUAAUCCAACCUCACACUUUAGCAGAAGGAUGGGGCCAUGGGACGGGCCGUAUAGGGAUGAAGGGGAUCUGUCUUACGAAGAGAUCGAUGAUGAACUAUACGAUUUACUCAGAAGAAUGUUGAUCAAAGACCCUGCCGAGCGGAUCAAACUUCGAGAAGUCAAGCGACAUCCAUGGACGAUCAAAGGCAUCGAGAAUAUCAUUGGUUGGCUUGAUGAUACAGACCCAUCACGCAAGACAGCAGGACGUAGAAUUGAAGUCGAUAAGAGCGAAUUGGAACGUGCCGUUGUACCUAUUACGUUUCUGGAGCGCGCCCGGUCAACCUUGAAGAAGACUUUAGGCAAAGUCACAAGUGUGAUGAGAAAUGAUAAGCAUGAAGGAUCUCGCAAGAGGGCUACAAGCAAUGCUACAAACACAAGUUCAGGUGCCGAAAAUCCCACCCAUGCCCCACCCUUUACUCCUAUUUUGCGCGAGAUGGUUCGUCGAGCCAGCCUUCGUGGAGAUGAAUACUUCUCAUCUACUGGCGACUCUCACAAUGAUCAUCAGAAAGAACCAACGGAGCACCCUUUAGCUCAGAGUCAAACGGCUAGCCCUGAUGCGGUACCGUGCGAUCCAUUUCAGCAGGACUUUACCCUUUCUUCCUCGGUAGGAGCAACCCCCAAACGUUCUGGAUCCUCUUUGGCAUCAUCAAAUUUUGAUGCAAGACCAGGUCCACCGGAACGCGCUAUCUCGGGGACGCCAUCGAUUGCGACGGUCGUUCAUCGAGGUCACUCAUAUUCGAGAUCGGUAAAUCACGCAUUUUCCGGAAGCCCCCCUGCGGACGAAUGCCCAAGAACGCCAGGUCCUUUUACGGAUCACAUGGGGCAAAUAUUUGGGGGACAUUUAUGGAAUCCUAGAGGUCGUGAAUCCUUGACUGAGAUUGAUGAAAGCGCAUCAUCGAGGGCAAGAUCUGUUGACCGGGGUCUCUUUAAUGCGGAAGACAAGCAUGCAUCCGCCAGCGUCGCAAUGAGUCCUGCGCUUGCCCCUGGACUUUUCGGACAUUCCCGUUCAAUCCAUUCCUCCGAGACUAGUCCAAUUAACGCUUAUUUUGACAGGCCAUUACCCUCACCCUUAUUCUUCCAACCUUACAUUUUGGACAGGCACCAAUCGGUUUCGUCAGCAUCGACGCCUAAUGUCAUGAGUACCCAAUAUGCCGCAUCAAUCCUGGAAGAUAGACCCGCCACAGCCAAUCGAAAUCCGGAAGGAAAAACACCUCCCCCAAGAAUAUAUGGCGCGAGCACACCUGAAUCAUUUCAAAGAGCUCAAGAACAACUUGAUCGACGGAGAAGGAUCGAAGCCGAUGCAAAUAUAAAAAGACUUGAGUUUCAUAGCUCGAAUCUCAAAUUAGAAACUGCUCCGUCGAAACAUUGUCCGACGUCACCCGAUGAUGAAAUCUUUGCUCAAAAACAAGAGGACGCUGCCAAACGUGCUAGGUCGUGCAGCUCGGUCAACUCGAUAAGUCUCAUAUCGCCAGGCGAUGUCGGUGAUAUAACCUCCCCGUCUGAUGUCAAUUCGCCUAUAUCUUCAGUGGCUCUUGGCUCACAGGAACAAAUUUUCCCAUCGGUACCUUCAUUACCUGCUUUAAUAUCUGGCUCAUCUUCUGUAUCUGCUGAUCCAGAGGGUGAUAUGCUUCAAGACCCUGGCACGUGUCCUACGCAUACCAUCUACGAUACCACCGAAACUAUCAUACCUGUAUUCUCUAAACAAUCUUCGGAUAACGAAACUUUAACAAUUUCGGACGAUCAUGUUGCUAUUCAUCCUGUGACUACCCACCCUUAUGAAGAUACAGAUGAGGAGGGGUAUAAUGGUGAUGGUGAUAACAGUAUGAAUGCGGAUAUGGAUGACUCAGAUAGUGAUGAAGGUCUUACAAUGAUGAGGAAGAAACCAAAAACAAAGUUGGCAGGGAUGGGUAGUCAUGGUAGACGAGGUACCAACGCAAGUGUUGGUAGCACAGAUACUGCCAAGAAAGUUUCGAUGGAGGCAUGA